AUGACCGAGUUCGUCGAAAACAUCGAGAAGCCUGAGGAAGUUGAAGUCAUUCCAGACAUCACAAAGAAGAUAACCACCUUAUCUGACAGUGAUGACGGAAGCGGCGCUUUCAACGACUACAUUGCCAGAUUCGUGGAGAUUUCGACGAAUGCCCAGAAUAACGAGCACCAGGAAAAACACAUGUCGCUCAAGGAGGGUCUGAAAACUUUUCCGAAAGCCGCGUGUUGGUCGAUUGUGCUUUCGACAGCCAUCAUCAUGGAAGGAUACGAUACCAUGCUGCUGAACAGCUUAUACUCGAUGCAAUCCUUCGCGAAAAAGUACGGCCAGUACUACCCUGACAUUGACGAGUACCAGGUCCCUGCCAAGUGGCAGACGUCGCUGUCCAUGUCGACCUACGUCGGUGAGAUUGUUGGACUGUACAUUGCUGGUCUUGUUGCCGAGAAAUGGGGAUACAGACGUACGUUGAUAUGGUUUAUGGCAGCUGUUGUUGGGUUAAUCUUUAUUCUCUUCUUUGCGGUCAACGUGCAAAUGCUGCUUGCGGGCGAGCUGCUAUGUGGUAUUGUCUGGGGUGCGUUCCAGACUCUUACCGUGUCAUACGCCUCGGAAGUGUGUCCCGUUGUCCUGAGAAUCUACCUGACCACCUAUGUCAACGCCUGCUGGGUUAUCGGACAGUUGAUUGCUGCUUGUUUGCUGAGAGGCACCAUGACCCUGACCAACGAGUGGUCAUACAAGAUUCCUUUCGCCGUGCAGUGGAUCUGGCCGGUGCCCAUUAUGAUCGGAAUCUACCUGGCUCCAGAGUCGCCCUGGUGGCUGGUCAAAAAGCAUAGGGACGCAGAAGCCAAGAAAAGCAUCAUGAGACUGCUGAGUCCAAACAAAGAGGUGCCCGACGUUGCUCCGCUAGCCGAGGCAAUGUUGAACAAAAUGCAACUCACCAUCAAGGAAGAGACUGCGCGCGUGUCCAACGUCUCGUACCUUGACUGCUUCAGACACGGUAACUUCAGAAGAACAAGAAUUGCCGCCAUGAUCUGGCUCAUCCAGAAUAUCACGGGAUCGGUCUUGAUGGGCUAUUCGACCUACUUCUACCUCCAGGCAGGACUUGAUAGUGGUAUGUCUUUCACUUUCUCCAUCAUCCAGUAUGCACUGGGUCUUAUUGGAACGAUUGCUUCGUGGCUGCUGUCGCAAAAAAUGGGCCGCUUUGACAUAUACUUCCUGGGUCUCAGCAUUAACACGUGCAUCUUGAUCAUUGUCGGAGGUUUGGGCUUCGCGUCGUCGAGCAGUGCGUCUUGGGCAAUUGGUUCGUUGCUCCUUGUCUUCACUUUCGUCUACGACUCAUCCAUCGGUCCUAUUACCUACUGUAUCGUUGCAGAAAUCCCUUCAUCGACGGUGCGUGCCAAGACAGUCGCUCUUGCUAGAAACUGGUACAACCUGUCUCAAAUCCCGCUCUCCAUUGUCACUCCUUACAUGCUCAAUCCGACCGCUUGGAACUGGAAAGCAAAAGCGGCCCUGUUAUGGGCAGGUUUGUCUCUUUGCUCACUGGUUUACAUCUGGUUCGAGUUCCCAGAAACAAAAGGAAGAACGUAUGCUGAGCUGGAUAUCUUGUUCAAGAACGGCACCAGUGCCCGUAAAUUCAAGUCCACUCAGGUGGAAACUUUCAACCCUGAGGAAAUGUUGAAAAAAAUGAAUAAUGAGGAUAUCAUACAGGUUGUUGAUGGUGACCUGGAUGCCGGUGCGGCCACGGCUAAGGUUUAA